GCUGGAGCGGCAGAUCUUUGACUUCUUGGGCUACCAAUGGGCCCCCAUCCUAGCCAACUUCCUGCACAUCAUGGCGGUGAUCCUGGGCAUCUUUGGCACAGUGCAGUACCGUUCCCGGUACCUCAUUCUGUAUGCAGCCUGGCUGGUGCUCUGGGUUGGCUGGAACGCGUUUAUCAUCUGCUUUUACCUGGAGGUCGGCCAGUUGUCCCAGUAUCCCAGGCCCCUCUGCCCCCAGGACCGGGACUUCAUCAUGACCUUCAACACAUCCCUGCACCGCUCCUGGUGGAUGGAGAAUGGUCCGGGCUGCCUGGUGACACCCGUCCUAAACUCCCGCCUGGCCCUGGAGGACCACCACGUCAUCUCUGUCACCGGCUGCCUGCUUGACUAUCCCUACAUCGAGGCACUCAGCAGCGCUCUGCAGAUAUUCCUAGCACUGUUCGGCUUUGUGUUCGCCUGCUACGUGAGCAAAGUCUUCCUGGAGGAGGAGGACAGCUUUGACUUCAUUGGCGGCUUUGACUCCUACGGUUACCAGGCGCCCCAGAAGACGUCGCAUUUACAACUGCAGCCUCUGUACACGUCCGGGUAGCUUCUGCCCCGCGUCCUCCCACGGCGCCGCGCCCUGGGAGGCUGGACGGACAGCCGCUGCGGACAGACUGACAGCUGCUGCGGCCAGCUCCAGCCAAGACAGGAGGACGCGCCCUCUGGCGAUUCGUGGAGCAACUGCAGCCCGUGCCGGCCCCCACCUAGAUCUGCAGCCAGAGACGCGGACUUGGCCUUGGCCUUGGGCCCUUGCAGCUCGGACUUCAGGGGUGGGGCGGGGCGGGGUUUGUAAAUUUUUUUAAUCGCAGCCUUGGUGUGAGCUGAGGCCUCCCUUCCUUCCCCUGUCUCUACCAUUCACCCUCCACUUGCAUCCUGCUUUCUGUCCGUAGACAAAGCAGGAGGGACAGACACCGCACGCGCACACACCAGCCGUGGAGAGAUACCUCGAACUGAGCAGGAGCCCUACUCUGUCACGGACUCUAUCUGUGGCAUUUCGCAAAACCCUUGUCUUCUCUAGGCCUCGGUCUCGCUGGCCUUCACUAAUUUAAACAAUCCCUUAGCAGGAGGAAGUCCUUCUAGCCUUCUCAUUGGUUCCCAAUUCCUUGGGCUAGGCUGGAAUUGCUGGUCCCAUUCUGCAGAUGUGAAAACCGAGACCUAGUGAUGGGAAGCCGUUUGCUACAGCCACACCGUUAGGCAGUUGGUGGAACCAGACCUUGAACUGCACUUUGUGUUUUUGCAGACUCCCAAACCCCAAGGCUGGUGAUCUCUGAAUCUCAUUUCUAAACCCCCUUCCAGCUGGCACACUCUAGGAUCCACAUGAUCUCCAACACACACACACACACACACACACACACACACACACACACACACACACACACACACACACGCACACACCAUUGCCACCACUUGCCAACACCUCUCUUAAAGCAAUAUACCCGUUCUCUCGCUGGGAGCCAGAUGGACGGAGCCCAGAGCCCUGAAUUCAGCCUCUGACCGCAGCGGGCACAUCUUUCAAGCGCUCUCCUUUAGUAAAGGAGAGCAGGGGCGCAGUUCAACUGCCUCACCCCUCUAGGUCCUUGAGGCUGGGUUUGCUGCACCUCCGACCCCCCUCCCCUUCACCCUGUCCACCAACCCCAGAAGGCUCCACCCACCUCACCAGAUGGCAGACCUAUGGUUCCCGAGUGGAGCCUGUGCAGAAUGGGGGUGUAGGAGGGCCAGGAGCCCUGCCCUACCUUGGGGUAAUAUAGAAACAAGGCUUUUUACUCCACAGACACCCCUGAGGGAGGAGUCAGGCCUCGGUGUCAUGCCUGUGAAAGGGGAGUGGGCCUGGCUUAGAAUGGAGGAUGGGACACUGGAGGGAGCCCCGACUCCAAACCUCUGCCUACCUGGCCUGGCCAUGAGGACCACUCUGUCCUUGAUCCCCACGCUUGGCCCUAGCACUUUCUACUCUGGGAGGCCAAAUAGCGUGGAACUCAGACCACACUCACACUGUCCCAUCUACAGUGCCGUGCCCUGUAGCCAGCCCCGGGACUUCUGCUGGCCACCAGGAGCACCAAGGCCCCAGAUGGUCCACCCAGCCAGCUGGCGGGGCAGCUCCAGAGGGCAGCAGUCCCCUUGGGGCUGCACCAGCUCCUGCCUCCAGCCUCCUCUCCUACCACCUCUCCCACCUCACUCUCCUCCCUCUUUCUACUCAACGGGUUUAGCCACUGGUGCUUUGAAGCCUUUUGUUUUUAUAAGAUGGUCUUUGCACGGGGACUGGGCCCUUCUCACGGGGACCUUGUGAGGCGGGUAGUCCCUGGGUCUCUGUGCAGGUGGGUUGAUUAAAGAUGGUGUUUUCUUCUCUGUC